AGUAUAAGUAGUAGAAAGCGUUGCCUGGCACUCUUCUAUCCUCUCAGUUUCCACCAAUUUUAAAAGAAGAAGCAUAUCCACACUGACUAAGCCAGACAACGAUGAAGUUUGAAAACAUCCUGGCAGAUAUUGGAGGCUUUGGGAGGUACCAGAUUUUUCUUUUUGUCAUCCUAUGCGUUCCCAGAGUAACUCUCCCGUGGCACUUUCUUCUCCACAACUUCAUUUCAGCUGUACCCACUCACCACUGUGCCAUCUCAGACCCAGACAAUGGCAAAAUCUUUGGGAACCUUACUGCACAUCAGAAACUUGCUGUCAGCAUCCCGGUCGAGCCUAGUGGGACUUUCAGCUCCUGCAAGAUGUUCUCUGAGCCCCAGUUUCAACUGCUUUCCAACUCCUCUGUGGAGGCUGGAGAUGUUGCUGUGACUGUGGAGUGUCAGUAUGGAUGGGUUUAUGAUGCAUCUAUAUUCUCCUCAACUGUAGCAACAGAGUGGGACAUGGUUUGCAACAAGAAAGGACUGAAUCAAGCUAGUGCCAUUUUCUUCUUCAUUGGUGUGAUGAUAGGAGCCAUCGUAUUUGGCGGCCUCUCAGACAAAUUUGGAAGAAAGCCAAUGCUCUUAGCAUCCUUUAUUUUAUCUAUAGUGUUUGGAGUGGCAGCUACAUUCUCUGUCUCCUAUGUAAUGUUUGCCAUAAUGAGGUCUCUCACAGGAUUUGGACUUACUGGGAUAGUUAUUAUCUCCAUGUGCCUAACUAUUGAGUGGGUUGAUAUUGAGCACCGAACUUUUAUUGGAGUCUUUGGUAGCAUGGUUUGGUCUGCUGGGAAUAUGAUGCUUGCAGCGAUAGCUUAUCUGAUCAGAGACUGGAGAUGGCUGCUCUUAGCUGUCACCUCCCCACUUGUUAUAUGCUGCAUCGUUUGGUGGUGGAUCCCAGAGUCAGCAAGAUGGUUGCUAGCCAAUGGCAAAGUACACGAGGCUCACAUGUACCUUUCAAAAUGUGCAAAAAUGAACAAUAGGAAAGACACCUUAUCCAAAAUAACCCCAGAGAUGCUUUCUAGGCUUGUGACUGUAGAGGGAAAAAACAAGAAUUAUACCUAUUUGGAUCUGGCGAGAACUCCAAAGAUGAGGAGGCUUGCAAUCUGCACUGGAAUUAUAUGGUUCGGCGUUGCUCACACUUACUAUGGAAUCAGCCUAAAUAUUACUGGGUUUGGUCUAAACAUCUACCUUACCCAGUUUAUUUAUGCAGCAAUUGAAGUGCCUGCUAAACUGCUGGUCUACUGCAUGCUGAAUAGGAUUGGAAGAAGGCACAGCCAGGCCUGGUCCUUGCUUUUCACUGGAGCGUGUUUGGGAAUCAAUCUGUUUCUUCCUUCAAGUAUGGUACCGGUUCGCUCUGUAAUUGCUAUCCUUGGGAAAGGCUCGUCUGAGGCGUCCUUUACCAUAGUUUAUCUUUACACGACAGAGCUGUACCCAACAGUUGUCAGACAAAAUGGCAAUGGCUACACCUCAUUCAUGGCUCGACUGGGCGUGUCUGCUGCUCCGCUGAUAAUGCUACUGGAAGACAUCUGGAAGCUUUUCCCUCAAACCAUAUUCUGCUCAGUCGCAAUCCUGGCUGGCUUCACAGCAUUCUUCCUUCCUGAAACUCAAAAUCUUCGCCUACCUGAAACUAUUGAAGAUGUCGAGCAGACAAGAAAAAGGACAAUCGCCAUAUCAGAUCAAGAAAGAACAGACAUCUCACUGAAACCCCUCAAUUGUGAUUUAAAAUAAAAUGUAUCCUAAGCUGAGGCAGGAACCUGCUUUAUCAACACAAAACUGGAAUAAAAGUAACCCAGCGGUUUCAAACAAACAAAUGAAGGUGGAAACAGCAACACUUGGGUCAAUCAAAUCUACAGUAUUGUGUUCAUGGUGACCAAAACAUUCCCGUUCAAUACUUUAGCGUGGUAUCUAAUUUUGAUCUUAUUAGGUAUUUUGUAUCUUGCUCUUAAAUUGUACUGUAAUUCUUGAUAUGUAAUUUUUGUAUACAACUGUAAGUCAC